AUGAAGCGAGAGCAACACGAUGUUAAUGACGUGGCUCUCCAGGCGAAUAAAAAAGACAAGCAAAUCAGCUCACACGACAAUCGCAGAGGUCCAAGAUGUUACAACUACAACAAAUAUGGACACAUAGCGAUAAAUUCUCGCAGUAAAAACAAGGCAACCGAAAAAUCAGUAAUUAAAGAAACCAGUUACAAGACAUUCUUCAUGAUGCCACCGUCAACUAAAACUAUACACAAAGACUGGUUUGUGGAUUCUGGUGCAUCAGCUCACAUGUCACACCAUCCAUGUGAUUUAAAUUUCCUGGCGUCAUUUCCCAGUUUACAAGUGGUCGUGGCCAACAACCAAAAUUUACCCGUUAAAGGGAGAGGUUGCACGCAUAUUAAAUCUGUGGCAGGCAGAGAGAAAAUAAAUAUUAAGGUGCUGAAUGUACUUUAUGUUCCUCAGCUGGGUACAAAUUUACUUUCUGUGAGCAAAAUAGUGCAACAGGUCACUCAGUCAUUUUUGACAAUAGAGGCUGUCGCAUUCGAGAUACAGAGAAGAAAUUCAUAG